AUUUGAACAACCAGCGGAACGAACAUGCUACUCCCGUCCAGUCUUUCCGUACUAGCCGUGCCGGCGGCCUGCUUCUUAGCGGGAUACGUUGUGCAUUAUCUGCAGUCUCGAAAGCAAUCGUCGCCUGGCUUCCGACUGGACUCGACGUUGGCUUGCUUAACGCAACACAAAUCGCCCAUUACAAAGUCGUCGACAUGGAUCAACUUAGGCUUGUGGACAUCUCACGACAUCUCGUACCCUGCCGCGUGUGAACAGCUGGCCCUUCGCCUGGGUCAUGCCGUCAACUUGAGUCCCCAUGACGUUGUCUUGGAUGUCGGGUGUGGUCGCGGCGACCAAUGUGUUCUGUGGCACACCGCAUUCAACGUGUCCGAGGUGGUCGGGAUCGACAUUACACCUGAGCACGUUGCUGGCGCCACGCAACUGGUGACGUCGUUUGGCCUGACGUCGCAUAUCCGAAUUGCUCUUGGGUCGGCAUCCAGCCUUGCGGAACAUGUGACGAGUUCCGCCGUCACCAAGAUCGUGUCGUGCGACGCCGCCUAUCAUUUCGUCACCCGCGAGUCGUUCAUGGCCGAAGCAUUUGCGCUGCUGGCCUCGGGUGGUGUGCUGGGUCUGGUUGACGUUGUCGUCGCAGAUGAAGUGUUGACGUGGACAGGGCUGCAACAUGUCCAGUUGCGAGGGUUGCUGUCCAUGACAGGAAUUCCGUUUGAGAACCUAAAGACAUUGGAGCAAUACCGCGCCAACUGGGCCGAUACGGGGUUUGUAAACGUUCACAUCGAGCCGCUGGACCAAGUGCUCGUGGGGUUUGCGCAGUUUGUCCAACGCCAGCGUCACGUAUUGGAGCAAUGGGGUGUGGAAGCCGGCUUUGAGAAGUUUGAGGUCGUGGGCGAAUUCUUGGCUGUGUGCGCGCACAACAAGUACAUCCAAUUUGUUGUAGCUACAGGUGAAAAGCAAUAAAAAAGUUGCUCCGUGUAACAUGGUUAGACAUGUAUUCAAUAAUGC